AUGAAGUCGUUCGCAGCUUACAUUAUGCUCCUGGCGUCUGCUGUCAGCUCCAUGCCAGUCAAUGAGCGCGAUGCAUCCCCCUUGGCAGUCAACCUGGAAAUGGUUGGCAACACCCUUGUGAAGGCGACUAUCACCAACACUGGCGAAUCCGGUCUGAAAUUGUUCAAGACCGGCUCGCUGAUUGACUCUGCCCCAGUCGAAAAGGCUGAGAUCUUCCAGGCUGACCAGAACGUUCCCUUUGAUGGUAUUCGUCUCCGCAUCUCGACGGCAGACCUGGAUGAGACCGCCUUUGAAGCUCUUGCCGCUGGCCAGACCAUAGAGACCACUUUCGAUGUCGGUGAGGCCCACAACCUCGGCGCCGGUGGUGAUUUCUCCUUGACCUCUACGGGUUCCUUCUCGUAUGCUCUGCCCGAGUCCAACGAGAUCGCAGGCGCCAUUCCCUUCACCAGCAACACCAUCAACGCGAAGGUGGACGGCGCUGCUGCCUCUGCCAUCCACCAGCGCUCCCUCCUUCGUGGGCGCCAGAUUGUGCAGUCCGAUUGCACCGGCACUCGGCGCAGCGCGACGACCAGCGCGAUCUCGGCUUGUGAGUCUCUCGCCCGUCGAGCCGCUACUGCUGCUCGCUCUGGAGCUGCCGCCAAGAUGACCGAGUACUUCAAGUCGAGCACCACGUCGACCCGCAACACCGUCGCCGGCGUCUUUGACCGCGUCGCGGCAGAGUGCGACAGCACCACCUCCGGCAACGCCCGCCAGUACUGCACCGACGUACUCUCCAGCUGUGGCAGCCGCGUCCUGGCCUACACCCAGCCGUCGACGGGCGUCAUGGUCAACUGCAAUCUGUACUACACUGGCCUGCCGGCUCUGACCAGCACCUGCCACGCCCAGGACCAGGCAACUACCACGCUUCACGAGACGACCCAUCUGACCCAGGUCAAGGGCACCCAGGACUACAACGCCUAUGGCUACUCUGCGGUCCGGGCUCUUUCGGCCUCUCAGAACCUGAACCAUGCUGACACGUACACUCUCUUCGCUAACGGUGAGUUGGAUGCUCAAAACGUGAAUGUUAACUGUAAAACCUGUGUGACUGACAACGUUUCUUGUGAAAUAGCCAUCGCUCUGAACUGCUAA